AUGACUAAGAACCUUCAUCAAUACCCUGGAGCCCGCCGGCCCUCGAGCCGCGACGGCGGAGCCCUCCUGGCUAAAGGCGGCGCGAUGCCUUUCUGGAAGCGCACGGUGGAGCCUCGGCGGCUGCUCCCUUCGACGGCUGCUGCUCCCCGCCUGGCCGGGCUGCCGCUGGCCCAGCUGCACGAGGUGUGCGGCCUGACGACGCUGGCCCUGCUCCGCCAGCUGGCCGACCUGUGCGGCCACUCGGCGGCGCUGCUGGGCGACCUGGAGGGGCGACUUUUGGAGCUCUCCCGCCGCGCCCACCGCCUGCGGGGGCGCCUCCACCGCGUGCGGCGUCUGCUCCGCCCGGGGGCUUCUUCGGAGCCAGCUACUUCCAACUUAGACUUGGAUGUGAAGAAGCCUACCCCACCAAAGCUAUUAUGGCAUCAACCCGUCAACAUAUUUUUGGCUCGACCGGUUGGUGUGGAAGACUUACACCAUGAAGCUGAGCUCAAUCUCCAAAGUUUGCUGCAAGAAGAGUACGAGGAGCCAUAUUUGGACGCCAAGAUCAGUGGACAAACCUUCCGCUAUGCCAGCUCCCCUUCAGUGGACAGGCAUCUGGAGUGCAGUCCUCGCCGUCCCUCCAACAAACGCAUGGAGUUUGUCUACAUGCCUACAAGCCAGCAAGUGAAGGAGAAUGAAACCACAACCCUGGGGGUAAGAGUACUGGAGCCUUCGAUUAGCUUGCCUGCUACCCCAGACAAACACACAGCCUGGGCCCAAGGAUCCCCACUGCCUGCUCUGGAGGAAAAGAGAUUACAACAGCCCUGCUCCACCCAAGCCAACAUUGUCCCCAUCAACGUCUCAGGGCAGCCAUUCGCUCGACACGCCAGUGCACGACACUCCCUGUUCAAUACCGAGACUGCCAUGAAUCCCAAGUCUUUGCUACGCCGAAGACGGACCGUGAUUGGUUUCCCUCACCUCUCUCUACGUGAUCCAGGAAGUAGCAAUGGGCCCAUCAUCAAUCCACCGGCCACCAUAGCGGAGUCCAUCUCUUGCAAUUUUGUCCCUGAUGUGGUCAAUGGGAGGAGCUCCACUCGCCAAGCUCGUUCUCCUCAUUCCCGGCCACAGCUGAGAAAGACCUUCAGUGAUCUUGGAGGGGUCCUACAGGGACGAGGUUGCCAAAUCCAAGUGGGCCGUGCUGAGAACUCCAAGGGGGUGUAUGCCAGUCCACUGUGCAAUGGACCCAAGGAGGAUGCCAUCUUCUCUCCCAGUUGCAGCACAUCCUCCUUCUGCUAUGCCAACUCUUCUAUGGGCCAAAGGGAGGGGGUAGCAGAGAGUGCCUCUCAGGUGUCUCCUUGCACUCCCAGGGACACUCCAGAGGCUGAUCGACCAUCUUCCUUCUUCAUUAGCCAAGACAACAUGGCUGGGACCAAUGAGUGUGGGACGUUUUGUGCUUCUCCUGAGUCCCCCUUAGAGGCCGAAGGAAGCUCGAGGUGUGGAAGGAGAGACCUCAAAGUCCCUGCAGCCCUUGUCAACUCGAGGGAAGAGGCAUCUUCCCAACUGGAGAGGGAGCGAAUCCUGUGCCGGUUCCGCGAGAGGUCGCUCUCCGUCCCUACCGACACAGCCUCCCUGUGCUCGGUGGACAUGGGGGGCAGUGAGACCUGUGGCCUUAGCUAUCCCAGUGCCAGCUCCGAAGGCAGCACGAGCACCGAUAACAUCUCCCUGUCCGUGGAGCAGGAGGCCCGAAAGCAGCGCCGACAACGGACCAAGAGCAUCUCCCUCAAAAAGUCCAAGAAGAAGCCGUGCCCGCCCACCCGCAGCGUCUCCUUGAUCAAGGAAGGGAAACUCAAUGAGGCUGAAGAGGAUGGUGAGGUGCUGCCCCAGGAUCAGAGACCCAAAAGUCUUUAUUUGCUGCCCGAUGCACAGGUCCACAUCAAAGCCCAAGCAGACCCCGCGAGGGAAUUGGAGAACAGGCCCUAUGCCCAGCAGGGUUUUCUUCCUGAAUGGAAUUCUAGCGAUCCUUAUUGCUCUUUGUCCGGAUCCAGCACUGCUACUACUGGGACGACUGUAAUUGAACUGUCCAAGGUACGUGGGAGUUCUGAGUCCCUCCCUUCUCCUUCCGUCUCCCGGGCCACCACCCCAUCUCAUCUCUGUGCCGACAUGAGUUUGAAGACCUCUUCCCCGGGGAGGUUGACAGGGGUAAUGUCUCCCUCCAGCGGCUACUCCAGUCAAUCCGAAACGCCAACCCCAACGGUCCCAACCUCCACAGUUCUAGGCCAUGCUCCUCACCAGAGUGGGCGGGCGAGGCCCCUUGUGCCGGAGAGGAAGUCCUCCCUACCCCCGGUUUCUCCGAUGGAACGGAGCCCCAAGUCUUGCCUCUCCUUCGACCUGCCGUUUGCCCCGCCGACCCAUCUCGACCUGUCAGGCUUGAAAAUCUCACACAAGAGCAAAGCCAAAGUGAGCCGACACCACUCAGAGUGUACCUUCGGAACCAAGCUGGGCCCCAAACUGAGCCCGGUACAGCCAGUUAUGCCGAUGGUGACCCAGCUAGACCUGCGUUCUGUCCGUUUGCGGUCAAUCAGCCGAUCUGAGACGGAGGAUAACCUGGACAUUCCGGAGCUACUGGAGGAACCUGGCAAGAAGAUCCGGCCCCCAGUGGCAGAGAAGCCACCGCUCUCCCGAAGGCCACCAAUGCUGUUGCAUAAAACUCCGCCAGUCCAGGAGGAGUCCCCUGUGAGCUCUCCAACUUCUCCAGCCGCACCCCAGGGCUUGGUCCCUGCAGAGAACAUUUAUAUGAUGGCCAGGAGGCCAGACCACUUGUGGGAUGCAGGCACAUGGAGCCCCACACAAUCCCCUUCGGCCGAGGGGGCAGCUUCUCCCACGCAAGGCUCCGUGGGGGCCUUCUUCUCCACCGCACGGAGGCUCUCUGAGGACAGCUUGGAGGAAGAGGAGCAGAUGAAGGCCAAGGUUUUCGACGAGGCGGUGCCUGGGGGAGAGAGCCGUAAAACUAAAGUCCCGCCCCCUGUCCCAAAGAAGCCAAGUGUGCUUUACUUGCCGUUGGUGACUUCCCCACUCCAUCCGGGGCCUUGUCCUGGGGACCAGAGGCUAUCUCCUAGCCCGGUCAUCAUGCUAGAUGAGGAUUCUGCCUACUCAGAACUGACCACCUACAAAGUGCCGUCUCCAGUUGCCAGCGAGAUGAAUGUAAGUCCAAUUCCUGCAGACCUGUCAUGGGGAGACAUUCCAGGAAAUUCCGUGGGUUUGAGGGGCAAAGACAAACGCUUUGUAAAUGACAAAACAGCUGAGUCCAUAACCGAGGAAGACGACGAUGUCUUUGUGACAACCCGAACCACGGAAGAUCUAUUCACCGUCAUUCACAGAUCCAAGCGGAAGUUACUGGGUUGGAAGGAGCCCAGCGACUCCUUUGCCAACCGACCCAAUUCCCAGAUGCCCACCAAGAACACCGCAGGGUUCGCGAUCAACGAAUGUCCUCCCAGCACAAGCAGAACCUCCAGCAAAAACGAGGACUUCAAGGCUCUCCUUCAGAAGAAAGGAGGGAAAGGGGCCUCGGGCAUCCGAACCUCUGCAGCCGAACUUCUCAAGACCACCAAUCCCUUGGCUCGGAGAGUCAUGACUGAGUUUGCCGUGGACGGGACCAUCCCGGGCUCCAAAAUCCAGCCCUGAGUUUCUUUAAUAAGGAC